GUGGCGGCCGGCGGCCGGAAUCGUUUCCUGGGUAAGGCUGGGAAGCGUUUCCGGCAGGCUGGCUGCAUCCCGCUGCGGGCUUCGAGCGCCCCGGGAGCGGAGCGGCGUCAGCAAUUGCUUUGUUCAGUGAGGAGGGUGAAGCCCAGCAGCUCAUUGGCCAUUCAAGCAGCUGCACUGAUCUGGAGGCCUGCUUCUGGCAUUCUGCACUGAACUGAGGCUCUUCAUGUUGAAAUGAAGAAACUUUCUUGGAAAUCUUUCUUCGUUUCUUCAUUGUGACCUGAGAGUGCCAGAGCCGAGGUACCAAGGACUUGGUGUUCCAGUACAGACUUUCCACUGGUGAGCUGGGGAGACUGAGCGUUUCGAUCUGUGCUGGGAGCAGCUGACAGCGCGGGGAUGUGCUGACGGCAUUAUGGGCAGGCGCUACCCAGGGGCUCACUAUCGGCCAAGCAACUCGUAGUUGCAGAGUCUUCUGAAAAUUGGCCCAUUAAUUUAGUUUUCUGAUUUGCAUUUUUAGAGAUCAACUUAACAAUUUCAAAUUAUAAUCUAUUUCCUGAUGCAUUGCUGACGCCCCCGUGAGCCAUGUCAGAAGUACUUCCAGUUGAUUCCGGUGUGGACGCGCUGGCGGUGUUUAUGGCAAGCAGCAGCACGACGGACGUGGUGAAUCGCAAUGGCCCUGCCACGCCGCCCAACACCCUCAGCCUGCGCUCCUCUCACAACGAGCUGCUGAACGCUGAGAUCCGGCACACCGAGAGCAAGAACAGCACUCCUCCGAAAUGCAGGAAGAAGUACGCGCUGACUAACAUCCAGACAGCCAUGGGCCUCUCAGACCCGGCAGCGCAGCCCCUCCUGGGGAGCAGCUCUGCCAAUAUGAAGCUGGUGAAGAACGGAGAAAACCAGCUGAGGAAAGCUGCCGAGCAAGGCCAGCAGGAUCCCAACAAGAACCUCAGCACCACGGCCGGCGUCAGUGUGACUUCUGAGAAGUUUGAAGGCAAAGAGCCGAUCCCACAGGACUCCUCCAGCUGUGAAAUAUUGCCCUCACAGCCCAGGAGGACCAAGAGCUUCCUGAAUUACUAUGCAGACCUGGAGACAUCUACCAGAGAGCUGGAGCAGAGCUUUGCUGCGAUGGAAGAUAAAUCUGCACAAAACAACAGCCAGGCUUCCACCAUUAUUGUCAAUGGGGAAGUCUUGCCCCGGAAGCAAAACAAGCAAUCAAGCCCAGAGGAUGGCCAAACUGCCACAGUGUCCUCGAGUCCUGAGACUAAGAAGGACCAUCCCAAAACGGGGGCCAAAACAGACUGCGCACUGCACAGGAUUCAGAACCUGGCUCCAAGUGAUGAGGACUCCAGCUGGACUACACUGUCCCAGGACAGUGCUUCGCCGAGCUCUCCUGAUGAAACAGCAGAUAUAUGGAGUGAUCAAUCAUUUCAGACAGACCCAGACUUACCACCUGGAUGGAAAAAAAUCAAUGAUAUUGCUGGAAUCUAUUACUGGCAUAUACCUACGGGAACAACUCAGUGGCAACGUCCUGUGUCUGUUCAAACAGAUCUUCAGGGCUCAAGGAAAGGCUCACUUGGUUCCAUUACACCAUCUCCUACUCCAGAAACUGAGAAACAGCCAUGGAGUGAUUUUGCUGUACUGAAUGGGGGAAAGAUUAAUAGUGACAUUUGGAAGGACCUGCAUGCAGCCACUGUGAACCCAGACCCAAGUCUGAAAGAGUUUGAAGGAGCAACAUUGCGCUAUGCCUCCCUGAAGCUCAGAAAUGCUCCACAGUCUGAUGAUGAUGAUUCUUGUAGCAUCAACAGUGAUCCAGAAGCCAAGUGCUUUGCUGUGCGCUCUCUGGGCUGGGUAGAAAUGGCAGAAGAAGAUCUUGCUCCUGGAAAAAGUAGUGUUGCUGUAAACAAUUGCAUCAGACAACUCUCUUACUGUAAAAAUGACAUCAGAGACACCGUUGGCAUUUGGGGAGAGGGCAAAGACAUGUACCUGAUAUUGGAAAAUGACAUGCUGAACCUGAUCGACCCCAUGGAUCGUACAGUUCUUCAUUCACAGCCCAUAGUGAGCAUCAGAGUUUGGGGAGUGGGUCGUGACAACGGCCGAGACUUUGCAUAUGUGGCAAGAGACAAAGACACCAGAAUUCUGAAAUGUCAUGUGUUUCGAUGUGACACGCCAGCAAAAGCCAUCGCCACAAGUUUACACGAGAUCUGCUCAAAGAUUAUGGCUGAACGGAAGAAUGCUAAAGCUAUGGCUUGCAGUUCAAUGCAGGAGAGGACAAACGUCACCCUUGAUGUUCCUCUGCAAGUAGAUUUCCCAACACCAAAGACAGAGCUGGUGCAGAAGUUCCACGUCCAGUACCUGGGAAUGCUACCUGUAGCUAAACCUGUGGGAAUGGAUACCCUGAACAGUGCUAUUGAAAGUCUGAUGGCUUCCUCUAGCAAGGAAGACUGGAUGCCAGUUACCAUGAAUGUUGCUGAUGCUACUGUCACAGUCAUUAGUGAAAGAAAUGAAGAGGAAAUCGUGGUGGAAUGUCGUGUGCGGUUUCUGUCCUUCAUGGGAGUAGGCAAGGAUGUUCAUACAUUUGCCUUCAUUAUGGAUACAGGAAACCAGCAUUUUGAGUGCCAUGUGUUUUGGUGUGAACCAAAUGCAGGCAAUGUAUCAGAAGCUGUUCAGGCUGCUUGUAUGUUACGGUAUCAGAAGUGCUUAGUGGCCAGACCUCCUUCGCAGAAAGUUCGGCCUCCCCCACCGCCUGCAGAUUCGGUGACCAGGAGAGUCACAACCAACGUAAAGAGAGGAGUGCUGUCCCUCAUUGACACUUUGAAACAGAAACGCCCAGUCACCGACAUGCCGUAGCUGCGUAAGAGAGAAGAUUCUCCUAACAUUUAACUGCAGAUAACAGUAGCUACACUAAGGGAAAUGAACUGAUGGUGUUUGGCCUUCCAUUCCAAAUUGCUGAUGCUUUGUCUUAAGAGAAUUUAUCCGUAUCAAAACAAUGCUAGACAAGCAUGUUAUCUCGUUCUUGCCACCAUCGUUUGAUAUGAAAAGAAGCAUGAAUAAUUUUUUUCCUGUCAGUAAGUUACAUCAUGAGCAAUGGAAGGUCUGUUUGAUUGUAAAUAAGUAAACAUUACCUGAACUCACACAAAGAAAGAGUAUGGCCACGUCCUUCCUAGUGAACUCGUGCUAAAGUCCUUGGAGUGAAUGACGCUUGAGUUGAUAGUUUCACCGUCUUGAGCUGGAUUUGUCACAAACCAAUCUUAAGUCCUACAGCACUUUGGUUCUCAACACUGGAGUAGAUACCAAGGAUCAGCUACCAUUGAAUUACUGCAGAUUAAAUACCAAGUUUUUUAUUUUUUACAGAACUAACCUGUUAAUUUUAAAUUGUUUGUCAGCAUUGGUCUGCCUGACACUCACGUGAAUCGUUGUCAUUUGAUCUCUGUUUGUACAUUACAGUUGUAGACAGAAAUUGUUUGAUACCAAACCAAUGCUGAAAAAUCUGGGAGUGUUUUCUGUAAUUGAGUACAGGGUGAUCCAUUGAAGCUUUUCAUCUUUAAACAUACAGAUGCACGUGUUGGAUGCUAAGUAUGUCAUCCCAAAUUGUCAUUAAUUGAUCAAAAAUACUGUUUGUUCCACAUAGAGCUCACACUGACCAGGAGAGAGUUAGUCAGCAGUUUUACUGUCUUAAAACUCUCACAGAAGCAAAAAUGUUACAGAUGUUUUCUAUAUGAGUGUUUGAUCAAAUGUUCCAUUCAGUGUUGGGUUGCACUACUCCCCCUCUGAGUUUGCUGCUAAAUGGUUGUUAGCAUGCCGCAAAAAGAACAAUCGUGUUUCUGAUUAUUUACUAAGUUCAAUGGAAAUUCUUUUAGUGGUCUGUGACAAAAUCAUGAGAGUUGUUUUCUAACAGGAUGUUGUCGCAAGUGGGACAACUUCAUGUCAGUGCUUUUGCUCCAAAGGUCUCCUGUAAUAGCCUUGAUCCACACAACUGCAGAUUCUGACAAAGUCAGCACAGUAAUGCCCCUUUAAAAUUUUGUCUUCUACUGAUCUUCAAAUGCAGCUUCGUCUUUCUCUCUUUGCCAUCUUCUGUUUAGACCUGCAGAUUGGUACAAAUUUUGGAAAUGGAACAUAAAAGAUAUUUUUUACUAAUGUUAAAAAUGUUUUGCCUGCAUUUAUAUAUAAGUUCCAAACUGUAUCUGUCUCCCAGAUCUGCAAAUUUGGUCAUGCAGUAAUUUUAGAAGGACACUGUCAAUGUUGUUUUUACAAGAACCAUUUUUUUUUUUACUUUACUGUGCCAGAGAUUGUUAUAAACAAGAUUGUUAUGAGCAAACAAUGAUUUUUUUUUUCUUAUUUU